GCAGACCACUCUCUAGUCCAAUUUGGGUCACCAAGGCUAGACACAUGCGAGUGGCGACUUUCCCUUACCAACUAAUGAUACCCUUUAGGGAUACAUUAGAUCCCAAGAACUCCCACAACUCCCACAGCUCCCACGACUCCCACGACAGCAACAAAGUCGCUUUGAGGAAAAGAAAAGUCAACGAUAUUUGCAUAUGAUUAAUUUCAUACGCUUGCCUGCUAAUCAGCGAGCAAUUUGUUCAAGUGGCUAGCCCAGCGAAGGGGUUGCGGAAAAGUGGGCUGGAUGGGGUGGGCGAGAAAGGUUUUUUGCAUAUAAAGAUAGAGCGUUUGGGGAGCUCGCGUCUCAGUUUCAAGUGCACGUCACGUUUAUCCCUGGGCAGGAUUAAUAAAGACGCGUUCGGAAGGGCAAAGUUAGAGUUAAGCGAGUGAAAAUUUAUGACACUUGUUGCCAUUGUCUAGGGGGGUGGCGGGCGGCGGAAAAGUGUGUGUGAAAAACCGUUUGGGACGCUUAUUAAUACGCACUCGUAUUUAUUUAGCGACGUGUGUAACGGCUUAGAAAAUGCGAACGACAAACGUUUUAUAAUUAUUUUAUGGUCUUCAAAGUUUUGUAUGGAAGACGACGGCUGGUGGGUGGGUGGGACGGUAGGGGCCUUAAGGAUCAAGCUGCUAUAUAAGCUGGUUAACACGGCGCCAAACAUCGCAGUUGGCCGAGAGGAUUAAGACGGCUUAAACCGCUGGUGAAGAUGGUUAAGAUAGUUCUGUGUUUCGUAUUCCUGGCCUUUGGCCGUGAAAUCUAUGGUGCCAGUCUACCAUCACCAAUUUCUGGACAGGAUUCAGAGCUGGGAACGUGUGAAGUGCAAUUAUCCAAAUACCGAAGAUUCAUUUUACAGGCAAUCUUAAGUUUCGAAGAUGUCUGCGAUGCCUAUAACGCCAGGCCAGGUGGACAGGAUGCGGAUGGUGAGGGCUGGCUCUUUCGGCACUAUGCACCACCGCCCACUUCUCAGCGCAGUGAGAUCUGGGCCUUCUUCCGCCUGUUAAUGGCCCAGUUUGGCGACGCGGAGUUCUCAGCGAUAAUCCGGGAUGCGGUCAUCGAAAGGUGUCGCAUCAAGUCCCAGCUGCAGCGGGACGAGAAGCGUAACUCUGUGGUGCUGGGCAAGAAGCAGCGUUUCCACUCGUGGGGCGGCAAAAGGUCACCGGAGCCACCAAUCCUGCCGGAUUACUAAAUCCCAGUCGGUUUCCAGCACUUUUUUCCCCUUCAAAAAGGUUUUUAAGCAGCCAUAAAGUUGAAGUCCUCUAAUUAAUAUCAGUGUCUAAAUAAACCCGAAGAUUGCAAACUGA